GACAUCGUGGUCUCUGCCGCUCUUCUAAAAAGUAUAGAAAAUAAUGUAUUUUUCCAUUCUAGGACCCUAGCUACUCUCCAUUCGUAAUAAGUGUUUGUGUUAUUUUAACAGAUCGCAGACAUGGGUCGCCGGCCAGCCCGAUGCUACCGCUACUGCAAGAACAAGCCCUACCCCAAAUCCCGUUUCUGUCGCGGUGUGCCUGAUCCUAAGAUCAGGAUCUUUGACCUGGGCAGGAAGAAGGCCAGGGUCGAUGAGUUCCCUCUGUGUGGUCACAUGGUCUCUGACGAGUACGAGCAGCUGUCCUCUGAAGCUCUGGAGGCAGCCCGUAUCUGUGCCAACAAGUACAUGGUGAAGACUUGCGGAAAGGAUGGCUUGGCCACCCUCCGGGUCCGCCUGCACCCCUUCCAUGUCAUCCGUAUCAACAAGAUGUUGUCCUGCGCCGGGGCUGACAGGCUCCAGACAGGGAUGCGCGGUGCGUUCGGGAAACCCCUGGGCACCGUGGCCCGUGUUAGAAUCGGUCAGGUGAUCAUGUCUGUCCGCACCAAGGCCAGCAACAAGGAGCACAUUAUCGAGGCUCUCCGCAGAGCCAAGUUCAAGUUCCCCGGACGCCAGAAGAUCCACAUGUCUAAGAAGUAUGGCUUCACUAAGUUCAACGCCGUGGACUUUGAUCAAAUGAUGGCUGAAAAGCGUGUGAUUCCUGAUGGCUGUGGGGUGAAGUACAUCCCCUCGACGGGCCCUCUGGCUCGCUGGAAGAAGAUUCACGCCAUCUAGACACUCGACUACAGA